GCAGACCGGCCUCCCCCUGUCAUUCGACAGGGUCCUGUGAAUCAGACCGUAGCUGUAGAUGGUACUUUAGUACUGAACUGUGUGGCCACAGGCACUUUAAUGCCCACUAUCCUCUGGAAAAAGGAUGGAAUCCUCGUUUCCACCCAGGACUCUCGCAUCAAGCAGUUGGAGACGGGAGCGUUGCAGAUCCGAUAUGCCAAGCUGGGUGACACCGGUCGGUACACCUGCAUCGCUUCAACCCCGAGUGGCGAAGCUACAUGGAGUGCAUACAUUGAGGUCCAAGAGUUUGGAGUCCCAGUGCAGCCACCAAGACCCACUGACCCAAACUUGAUUCCUAGUGCUCCGUCAAAACCCGAGGUUACAGAUGUCAGCAGAAAUACAGUGACAUUGUCAUGGCAACCUAAUUUGAAUUCAGGUGCAACACCAACCUCUUACAUAAUUGAGGCCUUCAGCCAUGCAUCUGGGAGCAGCUGGCAAACUGUAGCUGAAAAUGUGAAAAUGGAGAGUUUUGCAGUUAAAGGGCUAAAACCUAAUGCAAUUUACCUGUUCCUUGUGAGAGCAGCUAAUGCAUAUGGACUAAGCGACCCAAGCCAAAUAUCUGAUCCAGUGAAAACUCAAGAUGUUCCACCAACAAGCCAAGGUGUGGAUCACAAGCAGGUCCAGAGAGAGCUGGGUGACGUGGUAUUACAUCUGCACAACCCUACUAUCCUUUCUUCCUCCUCAAUUGAAGUUCAUUGGACUGUGGACCAGCAAUCCCAGUACAUUCAAGGAUAUAAAAUUCUGUACCGGCCUACACCAGCAUCCUACGGAGAGUCAGAGUGGUUAAUCUUUGAAGUGAGGACUCCAACCAAAAACAGCGUUAUCAUUCCCGAGCUGAAGAAAGGCGUGAACUACGAAAUCAAGGCCCGCCCUUUUUUUAAUGAGUUUCAGGGAGCAGACAGUGAAGUGAAAUUUGCAAAGACCCUGGAAGAAGCUCCUAGUGCUCCACCUCAGAGUGUUUCAGUAACUAAGAACGAUGGGAACGGGACAGCAAUCGUGGUCACCUGGCAGCCACCCCCUGAGGACAACCAGAACGGGAUGGUUCAGGAAUAUAAGGUUUGGUGUCUUGGCAAUGAAAGUCGAUACCAUAUAAACAAGACAGUGGAUGGCACCACCUUUUCCGUAGUCAUCCCCUCCCUAGUUCCUGGUAUUCGAUACAGCGUGGAAGUGGCAGCGAGUACUGGGGCAGGACCUGGAGUGAAAAGCGAUCCCCAGUUUAUCCAGUUAGAUUCUCAUGGAAACCCUGUGUCUUCAGAAGAUCAAGUCAGCUUAGCCCAGCAGAUUUCUGACGUUGUAAAGCAGCCUGCCUUUAUUGCUGGAAUUGGUGCAGCCUGUUGGAUUAUCCUUAUGGUCUUCAGCAUCUGGUUGUAUCGCCACAGGAAGAAGCGGAAUGGACUCACCAGUACUUACGCUGGUAUCAGAAAAGUCCCGUCUUUUACCUUCACACCAACAGUAACGUAUCAAAGAGGAGGAGAGGCCGUAAGCAGUGGAGGCAGGCCAGGACUCCUAAACAUCAGUGAACCAGCCACUCAACCAUGGCUAGCAGAUACUUGGCCUAACACAGGGAACAAUCACAAUGACUGCUCCAUCAACUGCUGCACCUCUGGCAAUGGAAACAGUGAUAGCAACCUCACAACGUACAGUCGACCAGCCGAUUGUAUAGCAAAUUACAACAAUCAGCUGGACAACAAGCAGACAAACCUGAUGUUGCCUGAGUCAACUGUGUAUGGGGACGUGGACCUCAGCAACAAAAUGAAUGAGAUGAAAACCUUCAAUAGUCCAAAUCUAAAGGACGGAAGAUUUGUCAGCCAGCCUGGGCAGCCCACUCCUUAUGCCACCACUCAACUCAUCCAGUCAAAUAUCAGCAAUAAUGUUAACAAUGGCAGCGGGGACACGAAUGAGAAACACUGGAAACCCUCUGUUCAGCAAAAGCAAGAGGUUCCACCCAUACAGUACAACAUUAUGGAGCAAAACAAAUUAAACAAAGAUUAUCGAGUAAAUGACAACAUUGCUCCAACUAUUCCCUACAACCAGUCAUACGACCAGAAUACAGGUGGAUCCUACAACAGCUCAGACAGAGGCAGUAGUACAUCUGGGAGUCAAGGGCACAAGAAGGGUGCUCGGACCCCAAAGGCCCCCAAGCAGGCCGGGAUGAACUGGGCAGACCUUCUUCCACCCCCUCCAGCACAUCCACCCCCCCAUAGCAAUAGUGAAGAUUACAGCCUUUCAGUGGAUGAAAGGAUGUACCUGCAGCAGGAUGAGCUAGAGGAAGAGGAAGAAGAUGAGCGAGGUCCUACUCCACCUGUCCGAGGAGCAGCCUCCUCUCCAGCCGCUGUCUCCUAUAGCCACCAGUCAACUGCCACUCUCACCCCCUCUCCCCAGGAAGAACUCCAGCCCAUGUUGCAGGACUGUCAGGAGGAGCUGGGACACACACAACACCAACCUGACCGGAGACGUCAACCUGUGAGUCCUCCGCCCCCUCCAAGGCCCAUCUCCCCACCACAUACCUAUGGAUACAUCUCAGGGCCCUUGGUCUCUGACAUGGAUACCGACGCACCGGAGGAGGAGGAGGAUGAGGCCGAUAUAGAGGUUGCCAAGAUGCAGAACAGGAGGCUCCUUUUGCGCGGCCUCGAGCAGACCCCUGCCUCCAGCGUUGGGGAUUUGGAGAGCUCUGUGACAGGGUCCAUGAUCAAUGGCUGGGGUUCAGCCUCUGAAGAAGACAACAUCUCGAGCGGGCGGUCCAGCGUCAGCUCCUCCGACGGAUCGUUUUUUACCGAUGCAGAUUUUGCACAGGCUGUGGCAGCAGCUGCGGAAUACGCUGGUCUGAAAGUAGCCAGGCGUCAGAUGCAGGAUGCAGCAGGAGGCCGUAGACAUUUCCAUGCAUCACACUGUCCUAGACCCACCAGCCCUGUAUCUACCGACAGCAACAUGAGUGCUGUUGUAAUACAGAAGGUCCGACCUGCCAAAAAGCAAAAACACCAGCCAGGACAUCUGCGCAGAGAAGUCUACACAGAUGACUUGCCACCUCCUCCUGUGCCACCUCCGGCUAUAAAAUCACCGACGGCCCAGUCCAAAUCCCAGCUGGAGGUGCGGCCGGUCAUGCUGCCAAAACUUGCUUCCAUAGAGGCGAGGACAGACAGGUCUGCGGAAAGGAAAGGAGCCAGCUACAAGGGGAGGGACGGGAUGGACGGGAGGCAGCACUCGGACGUGCGGACGAACUCGGGGGAGCGGAGGGAACCCCAGGAACAGCAGAGCGACGGGAAACUGCGAGGAAACAAAGCACCAAAACGAGACGGCACACCAGCAAAAACUCAUCUUCUUCAAGAGGACAUCCUGCCAUAUUCUAGACCAACGUUUCCAACAUCAAAUAAUCCUAGAGAUCCCAGCUCCUCCAGCUCUAUGUCGUCAAGAGGAUCAGGAGGCAGACAGAGGGCAGAUCAAGUAAAUCUAGCCCGAAGGAAUGUUGCGGAAAUGCAAGUACUGGGAGCGUAUGAACAAGGAGAAGAGGAAGAAGAAGAAGAGAUGGAGGAAACAGAAAGCUGAAGACAGCGACAUGUACUGUAACAGGCUUUUAAAAUCUGAUCAGAAAAAAAAAAAAUCACUUAAGAUGCCUCAAGUCUGAUGAUGUUUGACGCCAGAAAUAAUGUUCAGUGCAAUCAGAGUGUACAAUUUUUCCUUUUUUUUCCUUCAUGCCAUCAGAUUGCUAGUUCUUUUUAUUUUACUCUUUCUUUCUAAGCCCUCCUUACUAGGAACGGCCCCUGCCUGUUCCGUAACGCUAAAGCGCAUCCCCUUCGCUGCCCGAGAAGGCAGGUCAGCUGCUCUUCGUGGUACUUGGGCCAGCUGCUGCUUCUGGAGUAGAACAGAAGGGAAUUCCAGAGCCUGGGAUCCCAGGGUUUCUCCCCAGCGAGGCAGUGCUCAGUGCACUGCCGGCACACCAGUGAGCCGGUGAUUAAAAAGAUCCCCAAAGUGAGCAUCCUGCAGAGCAUCCUUUGGUUCUUGGGGUUUCAUCUGCAGUCAGGGCAAAUGGUACCUUGCCAUUCCAAUACAGACUGUGUGUCUUGUUUUCUGCCAGUCUCUUGCUAACCUUCUGCAGAUGAUACAGUUUGACGAAUGCAAGUAAAAUUAAUUUGGGAUGAUGUGGCUCUUAUUGUAAAUAUGUACUCAUUUUAAAUCCCCUGUGGUACUUUGAUUUGUCUUUCCAUUUUCAUCAUUAAGUACAUUCUUAUUAAAAAUGUCCUUUGGGAUAGGCAGGAGGUAAGCCAAUGUGAUUGCUGUUUGCCUAAUCAUAGCAUGAGCAAGGUUAUCUGAAACUUUUUCUAAUUUUCAGUUUCCACAGUGCUUAUGAAAAGAAAAUCAAUGGACAUUUUUAAUAAUGAUUAGGUAAUAUCAUCAACUGUUACUGGCCCAAAUCUCAGACCUCUACUUGUGUCAAUUCACCUUAAAGAAGAAGUGCCACUUAAAGAAGUUUUGUUUGAUCUUGGCGAUGAAUUUUUUUGUAAUGCACUGCUUAUCUUUUUUUUUUUUUUUGGUUUUAAAAGCACAAUCACUAGACUUUGUUUGUAAACCAUUGUAACUAUUAACCUUUUUUUUUUGUCUUAUUGAAAAUGUUAAGCAUUUGUUUGGGAUAUUUUCAUCUUUUUGUUAAUGCUCUAUGUUUGUAUUUGGAAUAUUUGAAUGAUGACAGACGGUAAAGUAGCAAAUGUAAAUGUGGGCCAUAAUCAAAACACUUCUCACUUUUCCUGGACUUACAGAAAAUUACCAAUUUUUCUGUGGCCUCUCUCAACAUUGGAUUAUCAUUAAAGCUGAAAUAGAGGCAUUAGUUGCAUUGAAUUUGCCAAAUGAUGUCCUCUGUCUGUAGAUUUUAUGAUCUUUUUUGUAAUUAUAAAAUUUCUUUGUCAUUGGUGCUAAUGGAAAAAUGUGUGUUUGUUUAUUGACAGCUAUCAGGACUAGCCCCAAUGGAAAAAAAAAAAAAGAAGAAAAAAAAAAAGUGUUUUGGUGUUUACCGAGGACUGAAAUUUUUCAUUUAGCUAAUUUUUAAAGAAAGGUUCCAUAGAAAGGGUGUGCAGUACUAAAGGAAAAAUCCAUGUGAUUAAUGUUUUCAUUAUGUUCAUGUAAGAAACCUCAUAUUUUAGCCAUAAUUUUGCAUACUGAGGAUCCAAUAAUCAGAAAAGUAAUUUUUGUCACAUUAUUUAUUAAAAAUGUUCUCAAAUACAUUA